AUGGGGAUCAAUCUUCUAGAUCUACACAACGAGCUUCUCCUCUAUCUAGGAGAACUAUCCCCCAUUGGCGUGCUGAACAGUUUAAUCCUUACAAACCGUCGCUUAGCAGAAUUGCUCAAUCCAGUACUAUGGCAAUUUGAAGGCCCUGGAGCUGAAAAUAUGAACCUCAAUCCGCCAGACCUUUCGACGGAAUUCCAACCCAGAAUACAGAGUGCCGAGGAAUUACUCCCCUAUGCUAUUUCAACCAACAACCCAUUGAUGAUAAAGAAAGUUCUUCAACAGAGCCCUCUCGACUAUCAGUGCGACCCCAACAUGAUAAUCUAUACAUUUCAGACUGCGGUAGAUGCAGGGCAAUACGAGUGCGUACAGAUGCUGCUGGCCGCAAUGGAAGAGCAACAUGAGACAUUUGAUGUUGCAACUAUGCGCGCCGUAAUACAGAUUGCGAUGGAUCAAUGUAACCUGCCUAUCAUGGAGCGGCUAUUACAGCAUAGCAAGAUCUCAAAGAAAAGCUGGAUCAAUAUCGGGAAACAAGCCUUGAAGAUGCAUAAUGAGCAACUUUUGCGGAUUAUUCUCGAUUGCAGCAGUCAGAGUGACCCAGCCCCACAGCAGGCUGAUCUGAACCAUAUUCUUCAUUUUACGGCCAUAAUCGGCUAUGUCCCGUCCGUGGCGCUGCUGUCAGAACGAGGAGCGGAUGUCAACAUGAUGGGACUUGAUGUUACGCACCCGUGGGAUACCCCCGUUGAUACCGCUGCUCGGAGGAAUCACCUCAACGCGGUCGACUGGAUGAUUGAUCAUGGGGGCUAUAUCAAUACUAAGCUCCCCAAGGAACAGACGGUAGCUGCAGCGGCUAUUGGCAAAUUACCAGCACUGGAUCUGUUCGCCAGCCAUAGACGGGAUAUCUGUGGCAAAGUUUGUGACGAUUCCUUAUACCCUCCUUCAUCCCAGGGGCUGCCAACAGGUUUUGGGGUGGAAGCCAGAAACUUCGACCGCUGGAUUCUAUCGCUGGCGUUCUCCAAUUGUCCCACAACGAUAUCACAACUCCUGGACCAGCUCGAUUUAGCCCGAAUAGGCGAGGAGAUUCUAUUCCGCACUUUAUCCUGGCGAGGAAACCCACUGUUACUGAAGGAACUGCUAGCCAGAGGGGUCUCUUUUGCCGCCAGGCGUGAGAAUAAUAACAUUCUGCACUGCAUCGCUAGUAAUACAUUCGACCAGUGUAAUGACGAUCAAAUACAACAUAAUAUCGAUGCCGCAGAGUUUGUUAUUGAUGUCCGUCCCAAAACACUCUCAGAGGCUGGUAAAAAUGGAAACACACCGCUUCACUUGGCCUUCGAUAGCCAGAUGCCUUUUAUGAUCACCGCGUUGCUAAAACGGGGAGCCUGCCCUCAUAUCCCUAACAACCAUGGUAUAACACCAAUAGGGCUGAUGCCGGAUUACUGGGGGGAUAGGUCAGAACAGAUGUUUGCGGCAUAUCUUUAA